GAGCUGCCUGUCACUAUGAAGCUUCCUUCGCUGCCGAAGAUCUACAAUGUUUACUUCCUCGCCAUGGUGGCCACCAUGGGGGGAAUGCUGUUUGGCUUUGAUAUCUCGUCGAUGAGCGCGAUCAUUGGGACUCCACAGUAUCUCGAUUACUUCAACAAUCCCGCCGGUGUUGCUCAAGGAGCCAUCGGUUCGGCUUUGGCAGCUGGGUCUGUUGUAGGGUCAAUCAUCGCUGGACCAAUCUCCGACAAAAUUGGCCGUCGGGACUCUCUCAUGUUCGCAUGCCUAUGGUGGCUGCUUGGAACCACGGUUCAGGUUGCCUGUAAUGGUCGUGGUAUGCUCAUCGCUGGACGCGUCUUGAACGGUGUAACGGUCGGGAUCACGUCCUCUCAAGUCCCUGUCUACUUAGCAGAAAUUUCCAAGCACAGUCAACGUGGUGCCAUUAUUAUCAUCCAGCAACUCGCUAUUGAAUGGGGUAUUCUAUUCAUGUACUUCAUUGGUUAUGGCUGCUCUUUCAUUGGCGGAAGGACAGCUUCAUUCCGAACCGCUUGGGGCAUCCAAUUUGUGCCCUGCGUAUUCUUAAUGAUCGGCCUCCCUUUCCUUCCACGAUCCCCGCGCUGGCUUGCUAAAAUGGACCGAACAGAGGAAGCUAUACAUGUUUUAGCCAAGAUUCAAGCCGGCGGUAGAAUUGACGACCCAUAUGUUAUUGCAGAGUACGAGGAAAUUAUAACUGUCCUGACUGCAGAACGACUAGCUCCAAAGGGAUGGAGGAAGUUCAUUUACAAUGGCAUGUGGCGCAGGACUAUGGCUGGCUUCACAGUCCAAGCCUGGCAGCAGCUGUCUGGAGCCAACGUCAUGACGUAUUAUGUGGUGUACAUCUUCUACAUGGCGAAUCUGACCGGAAACAUCAAUCUGAUCUCUUCUGGAGUUCAAUACGCUCUUUUCAUUAUCUUUUCUACCCUUAUGUUCUUUUUCGUCGACAGGAUUGGACGGAGGACCCUAUUGGUAUGGGGUGCCAUUGCUAUGGCUUUCUGCCAUUUCGUUGUCGGUGGAACUCUCGGUGCCCACUACACCUACGUACCAGAGGGUGUUGCGGGCAACGCAAACGUGGUCAUGCGAGUGACUGGUGCUCCCGCUCACACCGUCAUCGCUUUCUCCUACCUCCUCAUUAUCAUCUAUGCUCUUACUCUUGCACCCAUUUGCUGGGUCUAUGCCGCUGAAGUCUGGUCUCUUGAGACACGAGCUUGGGGUAUGGGUAUUGCCGCAAUUGGGAACUGGCUCUUCAACUUUGCCAUCGGCCUUUUUAUCCCCCCUGCCUUCCUCAACAUCAAAUGGAAACUCUUUAUCGUCUUUGGUGUCCUGUGUCUUGGCGGUGCGAUUCAGUUCUACUUCACAUAUCCAGAAACUUGCGGCAAGACAAUCGAGGAAAUCGAAAUUCUGUUUAGUAGUGAAGGUCCACAUCCAUGGAACACUAAGAAAGGCAACUCUCGUAUUGAGAGAGAAAUCGAGGAGGUCGUCAACGCGCAAGCGAAGGGUGAGGCAAGGGCAAGCAUUAGCAAAGUUAUCGAGGAGGAAAAGAUGGCCAUGGCCGAGGCUAAAGAACACAACAAGGAGACGGUCUAG